AUGGUAUCACAAAGAAGGGCGCCAAAGAUACUAUCUCGAAAUGAGAUAACUGAUCUCAUAGCCGAGGAGAAGAUCAUUGUCAUCUACGAUAGACUGGUGUUGAAUUUAACACUGUGGAUUUCGAGACAUCCAGGUGGAGACACAGCCGUCCUUCAUAUGGUGGGUAGAGAUGCAACUGAUGAAAUGAACGCCUAUCAUGACCCCAAGACGUUGAAGAUGUUUAAGAAUUUCAAGAUUGGCGAAAUUGACCAUGUGUGGGAGAAUUUAUUGCCCCCAAUUCAAGGAGCAGUCUAUGAAAAGGGGCGUUAUGUUGAGAUCAAGAGUGCCGAUUUAGAUUCCAAAUUGGAUAGUAAUUUAUCCGAGAGUGGCUCAGAUUUGGACUUGCAGUCUUUGCCUAGUUCCAUUUCGGAUAAACCGGAUGAGAUUCCGUCAAAGGAGAAAGUUUCUCCUACACGAAGUGAAUGCGAUCCAAAGUUGGUCAAACCAGUGGUGCCCCAAAAUGUAUUGGUGACUGAGUCAAAUAAAGAUGUGUUGUUCCCGGUGCAUCAUUCGCCAAUUGUUGACCCCAAACUCCUUAUGGAAAAUUAUGAUAACCAAUUGUCUCAGCAGGAUAUAUUGUCGGUCCCUUCAUUAGACUACAAGACACAAGGGUAUUUGAGAGAUGAGUACAACAAACUACAUCUGUUUCUCAUUAGUCACAAUUUUUACCAGUGUGAUUAUUGGGCGUAUGUGAGGGAAGUUGUCAAAAUUGGUUCGCUUUUCUUGUACUCGUUGUCAUUUUUCAAAUUGAAUUGGCUUUUCAUGAGUGCCCUUUUUAUGGGUAUGGCUUGGCACCAGGGCACAUUUAUUGCCCAUGAUGCUGGACAUGUUUCAAUCACUCACAAUUAUCAAUUUGAUAAUCUUUUCGGCAUGAUUAUUGCUGAUUGGUUUGGUGGUUUGAGUUUGGGUUGGUGGAAGAGAAACCACAAUGUUCACCAUUUGAUCACCAAUGAUCCCGUUCAUGAUCCUGAUAUUCAACAUUUGCCAUUUUUUGCUGUCAGUGUCAGACUAUUUGACAAUGUUUAUUCGACAUAUUAUGAAAGGAUCUUACCCUUUGAUGCAUUUGCAAAAGUAUUGAUUCCAUUGCAACAGUAUCUCUAUUAUCCUAUAUUGUGCUUUGGAAGGUUUAAUCUUUACAGGCUUUCAUGGGCUCAUCUUUUAUUAGGACAAGGUCCAAGAAAAGGCAAAGCGGCUUGGUUCAGAUACUUUGAGCUUGUUGGGUUGAGUUUUUUUUUCUAUUGGUUUUUCUACUUGUUGGUGUUUAAAUCGAUUGAAGGUGGGUGGAAUAGGUUCAACUACGUAAUGGUUAGUCAUAUGGCGACAAUGUUGGUGCAUGUUCAAAUCACAUUGUCUCAUUUCGCAAUGUCAACGUCCGAUCUAGGAGUCAGUGAAUCAUUCCCAUCAAGACAACUUAGAACCACAAUGGAUGUGGAUUGUCCCGAGUGGUUGGAUUUCUUACAUGGAGGUUUACAGUUUCAAGCUAUUCACCAUUUGUUUCCACGGUUACCUCGUCACAAUUUUAGAAGGGUGCAACCUCAUGUGAUUGAUUUUUGUAAAAAAGUGGGACUUCCUUAUUCCAUUUAUGGGUUUGGUGAGGGUAAUGGGGUUGUGAUUAGUAAAUUGGCUGAUAUUGGGAAACAAUGUACGAUCUUAUUAGAUGCAACUAAAAAGUAUGAUGGUGAUUUAUAUUAA